AUGCACCUCCAUUACGGCCUGCGAUGGCUCUGCGCACUGCCCUUGAUCGUGCACGCCUCAGCCUUUCCAGGUGCAGCAAGCAAUCAUCACGAUGCGCAACUUCAUCAGGACCUGCACAAAAGAUGUCCAUAUGCAAACCACGGCGCUCCUGAGAAGAUAAUGCAGCACGAGAAGCGUUUCCUAGUUGACUCGAUGAAGUCGCCCGUCGAGGUGACUGGUGUUCACGCAUUUCAGCCGCCCAAUUUCGAAAAGGGCGACCAGCGCGGCCCAUGUCCUGGCUUGAAUGCCUUGGCAAAUCAUGGAUAUAUUCCACGAAAUGGCGUGGUUUCGUUUGCACAUGUCAUCCAAGCCAUCAACCAAGUCUACGGCAUGGGUAUUGAUCUGGCUACUGUUCUCGCCAUCAUGGGAACGGUCUGGACAGGUGAUCCCUUGUCUUUGGAUCCCCGAUUUUCUAUAGGAGGGCGCAGCACGGGCGUGAAUAACUUGCUCGAUAACCUGGGUGGCCUACUUGCUAUCAAAGGUGAACCCCAAGGACUGAUCGGAUCUCACAAUUUUAUUGAGGCGGACUCGUCCAACACUCGAGACGACAUCUACGUCACGGGCAACAACUAUGUCAUGAAUAUGGACAAGUUCAUGUCAUGGUACAACAUGUCUACCGACGGCACAUUUGACAUGGACCUGAUGGCUUUGCGAGCGAAGAAUCGAUUCGAAGAGACGAUUAAGAGCAACCCAAACUUCUACUAUGGCCCAGUUACUGGCCUUAUCGCACGAAAUGCCGGUUACAUUUUUCCCGGUCGCUUAUUUCGGAAUCAUUCGGUUGACAACCCGGAGGGCGUUUUGACAAAAUACGCCCUUCGCAAUUUCUACGCGGUCUACGGCGAAGGAAGUAACUUGACCUAUAAAGAGGGAUGGGAGCAGAUCCCUAGUAACUGGUACAAGACACCGGUUGACUACGGGCUUGUCCAGCUCAAUCUUGACAUCAUUGACUUCCUGCUCAAAUAUCCCGAACUUGGCAGUGUGGGUGGCAACACCGGCAAGGUCAACAGCUUCGCUGGGGUCGACUUAGCCGACCUGACGGGCGGACUCUUCAAUGCAACGAAUUUGUUGGAAGGAAACAGUCUUCUUUGCUUUGCGUUUGAGGUGCUGAAAUUCGCAAGCCCCAAUGCGCUAUCAAGUCUCUACUCAACGCUUGCUCAACCCUUAGCUUUCUUGGGAAACAUCCUGGCCACACCGCUGCUGGAUAUCACUUGCCCGGCGAUGAAGGACCUCCAAAUUGGUGGUAAGCCUUUUUGGCAAGCUAUUCAGGAUGAUUUCCCCGGGGCUAAAAUGAGCGGUCGAGCUUUUUAA